AUGGCGGACCAGUCGUCGGCACCCAAGCCUAGCAGCAGCGUCAAGCUGGUGCUGCUAGGAGAGGCAGCCGUGGGAAAGUCAUCUCUUGUUCUACGGUUUGUCAACAAUGACUUUCAAGAGAAUAAGGAGCCUACAAUUGGCGCCGCAUUCCUCACCCAGAAGAUCUCACUGCCCAGCCGGAUCAUAAAGUUCGAGAUUUGGGAUACCGCCGGCCAGGAACGAUUUGCCUCAUUGGCACCCAUGUACUACCGCAACGCGCAAGCGGCGCUCGUCGUGUAUGACCUGACCAAACCUACUUCCCUUAUAAAGGCCAGGCAUUGGGUGGCAGAACUGCAGAGACAAGCGUCACCGGGCAUCGUGAUCGCCCUGGUCGGCAACAAACUGGACCUUUGCGCCGAGUCGUCCGGCGACAACGACAGUGCAGCUGAUUCGCCCGCCGACGCUGAAGAAGGAGGUGCCGAGCCGGGAGAAGCCGAACCCACAGACAACGGUGAUGCAAGAAAGAUCUCGACUCGGGAAGCCAAGUCGUACGCUGAAGAGGAAGGUCUCUUAUUUUUCGAGACGUCUGCGAAGACGGGGACCAACGUUGCAGAUGUGUUCUCUGCGAUUGCCAACGCCAUUCCCGAGACUUCGUUGAAGGGAUCCAGAGGGGCCGCCGGCGGUGGCACGCAGGCCGCUCUGUCUGGAGCCGCCAAUCGUGCGGAUGAGGCCCGGGUCAACCUUGCAGACCGGGCGAAGCAGAAGAGCGAUAACUGCGCCUGUUGA